UGCCGGUCCAAUUUCAUCGUUCAGAUGAGUUGAAAUUUGAAAGAUCCUCAUGGUCUUGUACCAUUAAAAUAACCCCCACCUCUGCUCGUUAAUUAUUAGCUACCGAUCCGUUUCUUUCCCUCUCAAAAGGGGUGGCGAAUGCUAUUGAUCUUUAAUUUGCGGGGACAAAAGAAUGAUGGUCGCUAAGGAAGCAACAAAGCUCUCCUCUUCCUUAGCGGCAUUUUCUAUACUUUUUGUGCCGCUGCUAACAAUUUUCUCAUGUCCUUCUCCUGUCUCGGCUCUGAACACCAUCACCCAUCUUCCAGGAUUUCAUGGAACCCUGCCCUUCUAUUUGGAAACUGGAUACGUGAAGGUGGAUGAGGUGAAUGAUGCGCAGCUUUUCUACUACUUCAUAAAGUCUGAGAGGAAGCCGGAGGAGGACCCUCUAAUUGUGUGGCUGACUGGAGGCCCGGGCUGCUCGGGGUUCUCAGCAUUGGUGUUUGAGAUUGGCCCUCUAAAAUUUGACGUUGCCGGCUACACUGAAGGCCUGCCAAGCUUGGUCAACAACCCAUAUUCUUGGACUAAGGUGUGCAGCAUCAUCUUUCUCGAUUCGCCGGUGGGCACUGGAUUCUCCUAUUCGAGUGUGGAGAAAAGCUACGAGACGGGGGAUACCAAAGCGGCCCGACAAGUCCACACUUUCCUUAGAAAGUGGCUUAUUGAUCACCCGGAGUUCAUUUCCAAUCCACUCUACAUCGGUGGAGAUUCGUAUUCUGGUAUUGUUGUGCCUGUUGUUGCUCAAGAAAUAGCAAAAGGUGAUCAAGAUGGAGAUAAACUGCUUUACAAUCUCAAGGGUUAUCUGGUUGGCAACCCGGUGACAGAUGAUAAGUUUGAUAAGGGAGCAUUUGUCCCAUUUGCUCAUGGGAUGGGACUUAUAUCUGAUGAACUUUAUGAGUCCACCAAGAAAAGUUGUGGAGAAGAAUAUGCUAGUCCUAGAAAUGACCAAUGUGCAAAUUAUCUGGAGUCUAUAGAGGAGUGUACCGAGGGAAUAAACAUAUUCCAAAUUUUGGAGCCGGUGUGCUUUUACGCAAGCCCAAAGCCCGGCAGAGUUGCUGCAUAUGGCAGGAGAUUGCUUAAAGAAGAUAUUAAAGAGUUUCGUUUAUUAAAAUCUGGCCUUCCUUUGGAGUGUAGAAGUUCUGGAUACUUGCUCUCCUACUUCUGGGCAGACAAUAAUACUGUUAGAGAGGCUCUCAACAUUCGUAAGGGGACGGUGCAACAUUGGCAGAGAUGCAACCAUGACCUACAUUAUGCAUACGAUGUCCCAAGUUCUUUAAAGUUUCAUCUAAAUCUGACCAGCAUAGGUUACCGAGCGUUGGUAUACAGUGGUGAUCACGACAUGAUUGUACCCUUUGUGGGCACGCAAGCAUGGAUUAGAUCUCUCAACUUCUCCAUCGUGGAUGACUGGCGGCCAUGGUCUGCAGAUGGGCAAGUUGCAGGGUUCACGAGGACUUACUCAAAUAACCUAACAUUUGUAACUGUGAAGGGUGGGGGACACCUAGCUCCAGAAUAUCGGCCAAAAGAAUGCUUGGUUAUGCUUCAAAGGUGGCUAUCUGGUGCUCCUCUGUAACAUGAUUAACCUCCAUAAUUAAAUUGUGAACAUUGGCUCCGAAAUCGGUAGCCUGACUAUAAUCUGUGGAAGCCAAAGAAGGCUUGGGGUCAACUGAUGAUCUCUAUAAUAAAAAGUACUUGCAAGAAGUCCCUGAAUUGGAAAGGAGCUACGAAGAUUCCAAAGUAAUUCAUCUUUGAAAUUAUAAACCCUUAUGUAUACACCAGCUUUGUUGUAUUUAUCACGCCCCAAA